AUGACAUAUUAUUCUGUGUUUCUUAUUUUUCUAUUGAAAUUUUCUUCGAUUAAUUGCGAGUUUAUAAGAUUUAAACGCCAAGCUGCUUUGGCCACAAAAGAUGGAAUUGAUAUUCCUUUUACCUUGAGGUCAACUAUAACAUGCCUUACACCAGGGAUUCGAGAAAACUUAUGCCUAGGUCCAAGGGUUCAGGUUUUGAAAGAAGAGAGAAUUGGACUGACCAACAGAAAAGGUGCCACGUAUGGAUAUCACAAUGGGGUAGAUGUUCGGCUAUUGAGAAAUCAUAAGGUACCUCUUAUCAAUGAAGAUACUGAAAUUGGUCGGAGUAUCGGAGCAACUGUUGAUGUGACCAGAGAUGAUGGAGCAUUGGAGGUUGGAACACGGGACAAGAUUUUCCAAGUUUGGAAGCAAAACAGAGGAGGAUUAGUCGAAUGGGAUAGUCAAGGGGCUGGGGUCGACAUUGGAUCGAGAGCUUCCGUGGCAGAUGAUCUCGUAAAACUUCGGCACACGAUUUUCGGUGUAAACGUUGGCCCAACUUCACGCAGAAAUAUUGUAGGACCGUAUCAAGUUGGAGAGACAAAAGGGCAAUAUUUAAAACCUGAAAACAACCCAUUGCCUUCACUGUACCAAAACUAUUAUGCUGGAAGAGGUGACUGGUACAAGAGUAAUUUCCAAAGACCGGGUGACGAGUACCGUACCCGCGAACAGAGAGCCUGUCCGUGGUGUUUUGCAGUUGAUCCAACGUAUCCCACUCAGACAAUGUUUAAUCCGUAUUUCGGAUGAUUUAUUGUAAUUUUCUGUCGCAGUUGUACAUAAGCUCACAAUUUAGAUCUCGAAAAAAUAAAAUGCAAUAAAUUUUGUUUUAUUGAA